AGCUAUUGUCAAAUAUUUGUUGUAGUGAUAUAUUGUAUCUGAACGCAAAUUACUUCUGCAAGUUGUACAAAUUGGUCACACGUUUUUAAAGGAGAUAAAAUGGUUUACCCAGUUUGCUGGCUCAAGAAUAUGACUGAAACAAAUGAAAUGCAUUUGGUGAUCGACCCAACUAUACGCAAUUGGGUUUUCAUUCCAAUUGUGAUUAUAACGUUUGCAGUUGGGCUUCUUCGCUAUUAUUGCGUUGCCCUUUUGGUGUCGGGAGACAAACAAGAUCUUCAGCAGAUCACAGAUGACCAUGCCAUGAUGCGUGCCCGUCUUUUGAUUAAGAAUGGAAAAUAUCUGCCAAGAGACUCGUUUUUAAUGCGAAAGGAUUUCUUUGUCAACGAGGAAACUGGCUGCUUAACAAAAAUCAUUAAAUCCCAACAAUUAGGAAACGUACAAAUGACGAUGAUGCAAUCCUUUCAAACUCGGAUGAUAGAACUAUUGCCAAUGGUAGUAAUAGGGAGUUUCAUAGAAAAACUGCUUUCAGGAUUUGUUGUUGCUAAGAUACCAUUUCCCGUCACGUUGAAUUUUAAAAAACUCUUGCAACCUGAAAUACAUGUGAAAGCAAUUGAUACUUGUUGGAUAUCAUCGCUUGCAUGGUAUGUACUGAAUCUCGUCGGAUUAAACAGUAUGUGUAAGUUGGUUUGUGGUGAAAAUAUGGACACUGAUGCAAAUGAAUUAGAUAUUGUAAACAAUCCAAUGUCUUUCAAUGACGUUAGAGAGGAAUUAAUAAAUUUUGAAUAUACCAACUAUUUGCAUCAAUCUUAUGAUGACUUCAAACAAGAAAUUUUAGAGGUCAAGUUCGAUUCCACGCAUGCUGAAGAAAAACGAAAGAAGAAGAAACCAAACCUUAAAACCCCUCGUUCUUAAAAUAUAUAUUAACCAUAACUAUUUAAAAACAUUCGAAUA